AGGGGGUGCAUGGAGACAAACCAUGUCCAUGCAGGCUUUGGGGAAAGCCACCAGUGAGAGGGGCAAGAGGCAGGCACGGCCCGUGAGGAGGGGGCUUCCCACGCUCCUCGUCAGCCAUCCUAACGAGUGGAGACCCCUGGCCCAAAUUCAGUCAGAGCUGUCCCUUGGGGGUGCCUGGUCGGGCCCCACCGACAGCCCACACUCUGCGGAUGCGAGGAAGAGAUGUGAUGGGCACGGCCACCGUGACCGGCACCGUCAUGGGCACAGCCACCACGAUGGGCAGCCAGUGAUGGGUCUCAGGGUGGGCUGGGGCGAGCCCGACCGCCGCCGAGCCGCUCGGCCCUGUGCAAAAUUGCAAGAGAGGCAUCGCAGCUGACAAUGGGUGGUUUUUGAAAAUAAACUCGCCCCGGGCUUUGGCAAGUGUGAGCAUCAUCCUGUGUGGUUUGCUGGCGGCAACAACCAAACCCAAAAUAGACUGCCGGCCCCAGUGCAUCACCAGUGGCGCAGAGCUGCCGGCUGCUAGCCACACUUUCCAGCAGCCCUCAGGUACCGCAGGGGCUGGAGAGGCCAGGAGAAGGAAUUUCCAUUCACCACUUGCCCUUUAUCAAUAUCUCUGGGUGGUUCUUUCCCCGGGGAGAGUCCCAAGCUGUCAUGGAAAGCCUGGCCGGGGGGUAUAUCAUGCCGAGGUGCAGGCAGGAGAGUCAGGUAGCUCUCGGUGGCCUCGAGUCAGUAAGAGCUGCUGGCUGUUGGCACUGACCAAGCCCCGGGUUGGACAUGAAGGUCUUCUCCUUGGCCCUGCUCACCCUGCUGCUGGCGGCAAUCUGGACUGGAAGCCAGGGUGUCUCCUUCCGCAGUUCCUACGGCGUGUGCUGCUACCAGGAGAUGUUCUUCCGGCAGAAAAUCCCUGCCUCCCUCAUCAAGAGCUACCAGAAGACGCCUUCCCACUGCUCCCGCAAGGCCGUGCGCGUGGAGCUGCAGAAGGGGAGGAAGAUCUGCGUGGACCCGGAGGAGAGCUGGUUCCAGCAGUACCAGCAGAAGAAGAAGUUGACCAGCACCUCCACGUGAAGCUGCCGUCCAUAUAAUCUCUAUUUAUUUCCAUCCCUCAAUUAUCUGUACGUUCUUGUCUCGUUAAGUUAUGGAGCUGGCUCCAUUCCCUCCCGCGCUGUUGCCCACUUCACACUACUGUACGUCCCUCGAUGGGUUUAAUAAAAUA